UUUUGACAUUUGGCAGCGAGGGAGAUUGCUUUCGGGGAAGUUUGUCCUAUUCUUCCGGAUUUUGGUGAAUUCUGAUUGUCCAGGAAGUGUUUUUUUAGCUCUUGAGAAAGCUUAAUGUGUCUGCAAUAACAUCAUGUUGAGAGAAAUGUGUGUUAAAGUGUUUUUGUGUGAAAUAUGUUGAGGAAUCUGUUGGCAAGCAGGAGCUGGGUGUCUUCUUGACCAUUUCCUGGACAUCCCACAAGAUACUGGUCAAUAAGUCUUCUUGUUUUAGUGAUCAACAUUGUAAAGGAGUCAAUUGGCACGCAAAAAUAUUUCACAAAAUUGAUAUUACAGUAGAGUCUCGCUAUAAGCCAUCGCUCUAUAGUCCACAAUUUAUCGAUCGUUGAUUUCAAAACUCUGAUUUUGAGUUAGGUUAUGUUUUAGAGUACGCGACAGGCAAUGUUGUCAUAAUUAUUUUAAUAUUUUUGGCAAACUUAAUCGAGUAGUUGUGAUAAUUGUGAUCCAUAAUGAAGAGAGCAAGGACAAGUACCACAAUCGCAAAGAAAGUGGAAGCCGUCGAGCAAUUUCAAUACUAAAAAUCGUUGAUAAUUUUAAAAAAUGACAUGGACUAUCAAAUAUGGCUUGAUAACGUUAAUUUUCAGAAAUUCUAUCAAACAUUUUUCCACAGUGUAAAGCUGUGAGUUUCUGCUUUGGAUGUAUUGUAUCUUCUUCAGGGUGCUCUGAAUAUGACAGUGAUUGCCGUGCUGGAAUUUUCACAGUGCAACCUAAUUUUUACUUUCCCCAAUUUUAUUCCCAGCAAAUGAUUGCCAGUUGACGCAGCGCCAAAAUUUGUAACAAAAGACAGUUCCAGCGUGGAUAGAGUUUGUUUGUUCAGAUGAACCAACAGCGAUAGCAUGAGUGAUUACCUCCGGACGUGGCCAGAAGGCAGUGUAAAUGUGAGGUCUUAGGGCAUAAAAGGCACAGCCAAUGAACCAACGCGAGAGCCAUCAACUAUUCCUUCCGGAAAUCUCUGAAAACUCAAGCAAUAAGAUGUACAUGCGUGACUGGAGGAAGGCCCUUAGGACACCGCCCUCAUACAAAGUUGGCAAUCGAACCCUUCGCUUCCGGGCACAUUUUGUUUGGGUCCUCAUGGCUAUCGCAUGCGUCGUGCUAGUAUUGCUGUACGUGGGACCCGUAUCCAAGUAUCAGGAUGCCGAAGCUAGUGCAAAUUGGGCUGCUGCCCCGAGUCUCAAUCCCACGUACAACUUCACAUAUCCCCUCAGUGCACCAAUAAUCGCCAAUGGCCUACAGACCUACCGCAUCGGAAUUAUUGCUGACCUCGACACAGAGUCCAAGAGCAAGACUGAUAAAAAUGUAUGGAGGAGUUACCUCAAAAAGGGCUAUCUAACUUAUCAUCCAUCGAAAGAGCAAGUCGUCGUGUCCUGGGAUAAGGCUGAAGAUACAGAACUCAGCAGUAGCUAUGCACUCAAAGAUCGAGGAAUGGAACUAUCAGAACUGGUAACAUUCAAUGGUAAAUUGCUAUCGUUUGAUGAUCGAACGGGGCUUAUUUACGAGAUAAUCAAUGGACGUGUGGCUCAACCGUGGCUUCUGCUGAUGGAUGGGGAUGGUCAGACGACUAAAGGCUUCAAGGCAGAGUGGGCAACAGUGAAAGAUCAUGUGCUGUACGUUGGUUCUAUGGGAAAGGAGUGGACGACACCGGAGGGCGACUUUGUUAAUAACAAUCCCAUGUUUGUAAAGGUUGUGUCACCAAAUGGGGAAGUGCGACAUCUCAAUUGGGUUCACAGUUUCAAGGCGAUACGGUCUGCUAUGGACAUCACUUGGCCUGGUUAUAUGAUCCAUGAGUCGGGCAUGUGGAGUCAAUUGCAUCGACGAUGGUACUUCUUGCCGAGACGAUGCUCUAAGGAGCCUUACAAUGAGACUAAAGAUGAAUUUAUGGGAUGCAAUGUGUUGAUUGAGUGUCAAGAACACUUCAAAACGGUACGAGUAGUUCCUAUUGGGGACACAUCGAAACCAACACACGGAUUUUCCUCUUUUAAAUUCAUUCCCGGAACGGAUGAUCGAGUUAUCGUUGCACUAAAAACGGAAGAACUCAAAGGAAAGACAUCAACAUUCAUCACAGCCUUCAAUGUAAAUGGGAAAAUCCUGUUGCCAGAGGAGAAAAUUCCCACAGACUAUAAGUUUGAAGGAAUUGAAUUUAUCUGAGAAUUAGAGUGCAUUGUGAGUGAAGAGUGUCAAACAGAAUCUACUGUGAAAGCUGCGAAAAAAAAUUGUGAAAACAAAAACUAGUGACAUUUUCAGUAUUUGCUAAGAACAAGAAAUUACGAAGUUUACAUGUAAAUAAGGAUAGGAUGUGCGCGUUGUUAACCAAAUGCUGUUCGUGAUGGUAAAGCAAAACUUUCAAUUAAAAUAAAUACAGUGCCCGCUUCGUAAUCCGGAUGAUUGGGAGACAAUUUGACAGAUGUCCGCUUCGUAAUCCGGAUGGAUUUUUUGAAUUUGUUCAACGUCUUGAAAAUAUAAUACAAGGUUUUUUUCCGAGAAUUAGAAAAAAAGUUUUAAAGAAGUUUAAAAGGACAAAAUUAGAGAAUUCUAUGCUAUUAUACUUCAUUUAUUGAACAAAAACUUCACAGGAUAAUUCAUUCUCAUUGCUGAACACACAUGCAUACAUAACCUCAAAAUGAUUUUAAAGGUAACCGUCGAUAACUCGUCCGAAUUACGGCGAUCCGGAUUAGAGAGCGGGCACUGUAUUCUCAACUGCAAA